AUGGCAGUGAGUGCCUUGCUCCAGCACAAUCGUGAUAGACUUAUGGCAGAGGCGUGACCAGGAGGCACGACUUGGUGGAGGCAGAGCAACGGGCGGUAUCGUUGCGACGGCACCUGCAAAGACGCCCCGAAUUAAUCCUCCUUUUCGGCACAGGCGUUUUCGUUCGCUUUCACUUUGUAGGUGACGCCUUCGAUUUGUAGUUGACGCCUUAGAACGUGCGUCAGUUGAGUCGACAUGGUGACAUGGUAGAGAUGCCCAUGACAUUCCCAUAGAAUAAGUAAACACUGUUUACGGUAUUUUAUGUCAUUCUGCCGACCAGGAUCUGAAAUAUUUUUGUAAAAAAUUGGAUUAGUUGGAAAAUUAACUCGACAAGGUAGGUCCGCUGUUAUUUUAGGAUGGUAGGUCAGUCGUUAUUUUAUGAUGGUAGGUCCGCCGUUAUUUUAUGAUGGUAGGUCCGCCGUUAUUUUAUGAUGGUAGGUCCGCCGUUAUUUCAUGAUGGUAGGUCCGCCGUUAUGUCAUGAUGGUAGGUCAGCCGUUGUUUCAUGACGGCGUUGCUCUUUGCGUUACGCAUUAUUUGCCCAAAACGCUCUUCUCCCGAAGAAUCUGUAUUUUUGUUGAAGACGUGUUAUUUUAUUAUUGGUAUUUUGAAAAUGAAGAGUGACUAAAGUUAUUUUAAAAUUAAUCUCAGAGGAUAACCUCGAGGAAGGAAAUUUUGUUGAAGAUAUGCAACUGACAUCUGGUGAUGGCGUAGCACUGAGAUGAUGUGGUGAAAUAGUAGCACGGAGAUGAUGUUGUGAAAUAGAAGCACUGAGAUGCUGUGGUGGAAUAGUAGCACUGAGAUGCUGUGGUGAAGUAGUAGCACUGAGAUGCUGUGGUGAAAUAGUAGCACUGAUAUGGUGUGGUGGAAUAGUAGCACUGAGAUGCUGUGGUGAAAUAGUAGCACUGAGAUGGUGUGGUGGAAUAGUAGCACUGAGAUGCUGUGGUGAAAUAGUAGCACUGAGAUGGUGUGGUGAAUUAGUAGCACUGAGAUGCUGUGGUGCAAUAGUAGCACUGAGAUGGUGUGGUGAAUUAGUAACACUGAGAUGCUGUAGUGAAAUAGUAGCACUGAGAUGGUGUGGUGAAAUAGUAGCACUGAGAUGCUGUAGUGAAAUAGUAGCACUGAGAUGAUGUGGUGAAAUAGUAGCACUGAGAUGGGGUUGGGUUUAAAGAUUGCUUUGUCCAAAUACAUGUAUAUCUAUCGAGCAAUAUUAUACCCGUGUAAGUCAUAAAAGACAGAAAUGUUACAUGUGUGCCGAUGUAUUAAACGACACAUUAGAUUUAGUAACAUUGGUAGCAAUGUUUAUUUCAGAUCAUUUCCUCGGGGAGGGGGGUGGCCCUGGGGCGUAGGCAUUGCCAGUGGCCAGAGUCGUAGCUUGUGGGUCGAGGAGGAGGGGAGGACAGAUGCCACCGGGCCUCAGAGUAGCGUGGACAUCAAAAUGGUAUUUGAUAGUAUUAAAUUGUUUCGGGUAAUGUGUUUGAGAGAUGAAAAAGGGGGUGGGGGAUUAAAAAAAUGAAUCAUGUUCCCUGAAUUAUUUCCACGUUCCAAAGACUUCAUAUUUUUUUUAAUUUAUGUGUGAAUUUAUCUGUGGGAGUUUAAACACAUUCUUUGAACCAAAUCCAUAGGCUCAAUUUUUUAACUGACAAUUUAAAAAGAAUAUAUAUAUAUAUAUUUAAAACUAUUAAAUGAAAUGGAAUGAUAUGGUAUGAUAAUCGAGAUGUUAUUUUUACAAAAAGUAUGUGUGUGUCUUUAAAGCUUCCUGUUGUGUUUUCAUCUCUAAAAAAAAAUAGAAUGUAAAAAAAAAAAAAAAAAUUAAAAAAUAGGAUAGGUUGGGGGUGUUGGGGGUGGGGGGAAGGGGGUGGGGGAAGGGGGGUUGGGGUGGAGAUUAUUAUUCUGAUAUGAAAAAGAGAAAAGCAGUUGGAAAUUCAAUUAACGGCAGCUUAAAAUUUAAAAAAAAAAAAAAAAACUUUGUUAUCCAGGAAUCUGUGUUACAAAAGUGGGUACAUCUAAAUAAAAUUCAUUAGCGUUCGCUUUCAUACUAACUGGUGAACAAUGCAUGAUUUUAGAUGCGCCCGUUAAACUCUUUAUUUAAAAAAAAAUAAUUAAAUAACGAUUUUUUUUGUUACCUUUUUGUUUUAUCUAACUCAACACUCAAGGAUCGAGUUCGUUACGAUUCCUGCUAAUAACACUAUCUUUUUAAAAGCAUGAGGCCGUCUUAAACUUUGUAGGUUUAUUUGAAUACUUAGUUUAAAAGUCAUGCUUUUGUGGUGAAAUAUAAUUAGUCAACAGAUUGCACAUGUUUCAUACUCAUAUAAAACUAUAUUGAUAUUAGAAACCUUUCUAUUGAUGUCGAGGUAGUUUAAUGCAGGGUUAUCAACUUCUUUAAACUCGGGAGGUUCCAAAAAAAAUUAUAAUUAAAUAAAACAACCGAUAUAUGCGAAUAACGGGAUGUGAGCUUCGACUUACGUUAUUCAGGAGCGUCCAACGUUCGUAUCCGUACGAUAUUCAUAAUCGAAUUGUGUAAGCCUCAAACAAUGCUAGCCUUGAAUAUGCGGAUCAGCAAAUGUAAUGUAUCAAGUGUAACAAUAUUUCAUAGGCUCCGAUACACAGUUAUCGGUUAAACCUCAUCAGCUACUAUUCUUUUUUUCUUUUUUUUCCUUUUUUAAAAAAAAAAUAAAUAAAAAAAUAAAAAUAAAAAUAUAAUAUGAUUUCGUUUUAUUGCUGUAAACAUUUUUUUUUCGGGGAUGUGGGGGGUGGGGGCACACUUGCUUUGGCGCGCCCCCCCCCCCCUUUCUCGGAGAGAUGCCUGUAAGAAACACUGCGUGGGGGAAAUAAGAUUUAUUAGUACAGCGAGGAAUGUGACUCUCUUGUACUGUGAGAAAUGUGACUUUCUGGUACAGAGGUGAAAUUGGACUCUUUGGCACAGCAAGGAAAUGUGACUUUAUAAGAAAAUGGCGAAGCGGGGGGGGGGGGGGGACUUACGGCCCUUUUUUUUUNCCCCCCCUUUCUCGGAGAGAUGCCUGUAAGAAACACUGCGUGGGGGAAAUAAGAUUUAUUAGUACAGCGAGGAAUGUGACUCUCUUGUACUGUGAGAAAUGUGACUUUCUGGUACAGAGGUGAAAUUGGACUCUUUGGCACAGCAAGGAAAUGUGACUUUAUAAGAAAAUGGCGAAGCGGGGGGGGGGGGAAUUGUCAGCUCAUUUUUUUUGGUUUAAAGUUACAUUCAGGAAGAGGCAAGUCUGGAUGUAGGUUUCAAAAUAGCAGAACUGUCCAGUUGUCCUGUGACUUUUCUUUUAAACGCAUAUCUCAACGCGGAUGUUCAACUGCCGAGGCAAACACUUGGAUUAUCACCCACCCACCCAUACCCGUGGCGCAGCCCGUAUGUAGGGCUUUGGCCCGCCGCACCACUUCCUUCCACUCAGACCCAACUCAUGCUUUUUGUUUCCCAUGCUUUGAGUCCCAGCUGCUGUAGAUCUUUUUCCCCGCAUCAUCCAUCCAUCUAAGACUAGGUCUGCCUUGGAUUUUCAGACUUGCUCAAACAUUCAGGAUCCUCGGAGCCUGUGUAUUUAAAAAGUUAUCGCGUGUUUGCGUGGUGGUUGCGUGAAGUGUCUGUUACAGGAGGAUUAUUUAUUUCCAUGCAACAUGUCUCGGCUAUUUAUUUAUUUAUUUAUUUGUUUAUUUAUUUGUUUAUUUAUUUAUUAUGAUUACUUUAAAAUAAACAGUUUGGUUUAUUUAUUUAUGGGGGGGGGGGUUUACAUUUCAACGGACCACGUUAAGAAUAAAAUAAUGAUAUAAUAAUGAUAUAAUAAUAACCAAUGAUUGUUUUCGAUGAUCAAAAUGUACAACACACUACGCGGUACUCAAAAAUGUACAACACAAUCCCCGGUGCUCAAAAAUGUACACCACAAUACCCAGUACUCAAAAAUGUACAACACAAUACCCGGUACUCAAAAAUGUACAACACAAUACCCGGUACUCAAAAAUGUACACCACAAUACCCGGUACUCAAAAAUGUACAACACAAUACCCGGUACUCAAAAAUGUACAACACAAUAUCCGCUACUCAAAUUUCAGACAGUGAAAUGUUAAAUGAAGCAAAUUUUUUAAAAAAAAGCAACGAAAAGAUCACUAGAGGCGGGGGUGAGGUCUCCUUUAACAUGGCGUCUUAAAGUUUGGCUUACAAUUUAAAUCACGGCAUCAUACAAUAAUAUGUUGUCAGCUACCUGGAGUUAAAAAUAUCAUCAAUAACAUGUCAUUAGAUAUGUCAUCAAUAACAUGGCAUUAGACAUGUCAUCAAUAACAUGGCAUUAGAUAUGUCAUCAAUAACAUGGCAUUAGAUAUGUCAUCAAUAACAUGGCAUUAGAUAUGUCAUCAAUAACAUGGCAUUAGAUAUGUCAUCAAUAACAUGGCAUUAGAUAUGUCAUCAAUAACAUAAUAUUUGAACAUUAAGUUUUCAUACGUUUUCGUUUCCAAAAAAAUUUUCCCUCACUUAAAAGUCAUUUUCAAAUAUGUCAUGGUCAAGGUCACUUUGAUUCUAUGAGAAUGUGGCCAUGACUUGAAAACGCUUGAGAACCUGUGCACUAAAGCCACCGAGGUGAGUAAUUCCGCGCAGCUAACUAUAUUGUACAGAUCCUGGCAGUAAGUGAAAGUGUGUUCAAAUCUGUGGCUUGCUCAAAUAAAAAAAAAUAAUAAUAAAAAAGAAAAGAAAGAAAAUUGAUUCUAAACAAAUUCCCGGGAAGUAUUUUGUUUACUAAAAAAAAAAGUGCGGGAUCCCGGGAUCUCGUCAUCCCGGGAUCUCGUCAUCCCGGGAUCUCGUCAUCCCGGGAUCUCGUCAUCCCGGGAUCUCGUCAUCCCGGGAGAGAAACCCUAAGCACUUACGACUUGGCGCGGAAAGUAGAAACCAGCAGCUCGCUGUUUAGGGCAGCAGUUCUCCACCUGUGGGUCGCGACCCCCUUUGACGGUCGAACGACCCUUACACAGGGGUCGCCUAAGACCAUCGGAAAACACAUAUUUAUGAAGUAGCAACGAAAACAAUUUGAUGGUUGUGGGGUCACCGCACCAUGAGGAGCUAUAUAAAAUGGUCGCGGCAUUAGGAAGGUUGAGAACCACUGUUAGGGGAAUGUCGUAAAAGGAUGUUAAUUCAGCCAAAAUCUAAUAAUAUAACCAAUUCGUGACACGUUAAUUUUGUAGAAAUUCUGCAUGUAUCAGUGGGUAUGUAAAGAAAAACAAUUCCCAACUUUCCAUAUACAUUUUUACAACUGUGUACACUUCAACAACUUUUGUUUGCCCCACUCAGUGGUUCCAAGCUGGUGCACUCGUGAACCAUGUCAGAGCCCUCCAAGCCAGCCCUUGAACCCAACCCGCCCCCGCAGGUCGUCGAUACGCCACCGCAAUAUGGGGCACCACCACAGCAGUACGGGGCGCCACCGCAGCAGUACGGGGCGCCACCGCAGCAGUACGCCGGACCGCCUCAGCAGUACGCGGGACCACCUCAGCAAUACGGGGCCCCACCCCAUCAGUACGGGGGACCACCGCAGCAAUACGGAGCGCCGCCCCAGCAGUACGGGGGAGCACCUCAGCAGUACGGGGCGCCGCCACAACAGUACGGGGGACCACCGCAGCAAUAUGGAGGACCACCUCAACAGUACGGCGCCCCACCGCAGCAGUACGGGGCACCACAGCAGCCAAUGGUAGGUUGUAUUGACUCAACCACUUUACGUGUUCGAAAAUAACUUCGAGACGGAAAAUACAACAAAAGGCCGAUCCUUAACUGCGACAACAAAAUUUAUACUAAUCAAAAGUGUGCAACACAUUCUAUUGUUACGGAGAGAAACUCAUUGAAAUAAGUCGUAAAGUUUUAUCGGUAACGAGACAAAGUUUCAUUUGCAUAUUCAAAACCAGAGUGGGCGUGUCAUAGCGUGGACUAAACUAUCGGAGAGUUUGGACACCGGUAGACAGGACUAUACACCGCGUGACAGUUUGGACCAUACACAGUGUGACAGUUUGGACUACACACCGUCUGACAGUUUGGACUACACACCGUCUGACAGUUUGGAUUAUACACCGUCUGAUAGUUUGGACUAUACACCGUCUGACAGUUUAGACUAUACACCGUCUGACAGUUUGGACUACACACCGUGUAACAGUUUGGACUACACACCGUCCGACAGUUUGGACUACACACCGUGUAACAUUUUGGACUACACACCGUCUGACAGUUUGGACUAUACACCGUCUGACAGUUUGGACUAUACACCGUCUGAAAGUUUGGACUACAUACCGUCUGACAGUUUGGACUACACACCGUGUAACAUUUUGGACUACACACCGUCUGACAGUUUGGACUACACACCGUGUGCCAGAUAGGAUUAUACAUUGUCUGACUGUUUCUUCGAUCUCAUUUUAUGGCAUUCACUCACCUUUGCUUUUUUUAAAUUUGCUUACACAGACCCAUCAGAUGAUGCCAUUACGCCACCUUCUUACACUAACACACCAGCGAGAGUCAACAAUUAAAACAUUUUUUUUUUUUUGGGCACCAACUUUCCAUGUGGAGUCCAUCAUACACUCUCUCACUUUUGGCCUUUAAUUUCUCUCCAUUGCUAUUCUCAUUGUUUUGUAGUUUGAAAUAUUAAUUUUAUAUUAGAAAAUACUUCAAUUCUUGACAUUGACAAUACACACCACAGAAUUGUAAGAGAGGAAUGUUAUGAUUUUUUUUUUUAACAAAGAUCUUUUUUAUAGUGCACCUUUGUGUCCACGCAGAGCCUGAUAACAGGUUUUACAUUUCAAAUAAAUUGUUUUUCUUGUUAUGUAAUGUCCGUUGUGGAAGGCAUUUAGCCGAAACCUCUUUUUAAUAGUUCCGUCUUUUUUUUUUUUCCAAACCGAAACAUAUUAUAUUGUUCCUCUGUUUGUUUAAAUGUGUUCCAGGCCACAACAUCCACCAAUGUGGUUUUAGUAGGGGGACAACCAACAACGAAAACCGUCGUGGUACAACAGAGGUGAGUACAAACACAUUCGUGGUACAAAAGUUGUAAGUACAAACACAGUCGUGGUACAACAGUGGUGAGUGCAAACACAGUCGUGGUACAACAGAGGUAAGUACAAACACAGUCGUGGCACAACAGCGGUGAGUACAAACACAGUCGUGGUACAACAGAGGUAAGUACAAAUAGUCGUGCUACAAAAGAGGUAAGUGAAAUAGUCUUGGUACAAUAGAAGAGAGUAUAAACACAGUCUAGGUACUACAGAUGUAAGUACAAACCCAGUCGUGGUAGGUACAACAGCGGUUAGUACCAACAUAGUGUUGGUACAACUAAGGCACUAUCCAGCGUACAGCUGAGUUACAAUUCACCGUACAACAGAGAUAAAAUUUGUUGUACAACAUAGAGGUAAAAGUUCCCAGUACAAGAGAUGUCAAGUCAUUCUGAAAUUCGGUUAAGUAAGAAUGAAAGUUCUUCUAGGCAGACAUUAGAUGAAUAAGGUUAUGAAGUGUUGACUUGAUUGUCUAGAACUUUAUGAAGUGUUGACUUGAUUGUCUAGAACUUUAUGAAGUGUUGACUUGACUGUCUAGAACUGUAUGAAGUGUUGACUUAACUGUCUAGAACUGUAUGAAGUGUUGACGUGGCUGUCUAGAACUUUAUGAAGUGUUGACUUAACUGUCUAGAACUGUAUGAAGUGUUGACGUGGCUGUCUAGAACUUUAUGAAGUGUUGACUUAACUGUCUAGAACUAUAUGAAGUGUUGACGUGGCUGUCUAGAACUAGUGUUGACGUAGCUGUCUAGAACUUUAUGAAGUGUUGACUUGACUGUCUAGAACUUUAUGAAGUGUUGACUUGACUUUCUAGAACUUUAUGAAGUGUUGACUUGACUGUCUAGAACUUUAUGAAGUGUUGACGUGGCUGUCUAGAACUUUAUGAAGUGUUGACGUGGCUGUCUAGAACUUUAUGAAGUAUGACGUGACUGUCUAGAACUAUAUGAAGUAUUGACGUGGCUGUCUAGAACUAUAUGAAGUGUUGACUUAACUGUCUAGAACUAUAUGAAGUGUUGACGUGGCUGUCUAGAACUUUAUGAAGUGUUGACGUGGUUGUCUAGAACUUUAUGAAGUGUUGACUUGACUGUCUAGAACUUUAUGAAGUGUUGACUUGACUGUCUAGAACUUUAUGAAGUGUUGACGUGACUGUCUAUAACUUUAUGAAGUGUUGACGUGGCUGUCUAGAACUUUAUGAAGUGUUGACGUGGCUGUCUAGAACUUUAUGAAGUGUUGACGUGACUGUCUAGAACUUUAUGAAGUGUUGACGUGGCUGUCUAGAACUAUAUGAAGUGUUGACUUGACUGUCUAGAACUAUAUGAAGUGUUGACUUUACUGUCUAGAACUAUAUAAAGUGUUGACGUGACUGUCUAGAACUAUAUGAAGUGUUGACGUGACUGUCUAGAACUAUAUGAAGUGUUGACUUGACUGUCUAGAACUAUUUGAGGUGUUGACUUGUAUGUCCAGAGGUAUAUGACGUCAUUGACUUGACUGUCUAGAACUAUAUGAAGUCUUCAACUAUAAGAAGUGUUGACUUGACUGUGUUUAACUAUAUGAAGUCUUUGAUUUGACACGGUAAUGAAAUUAUUUUCUUGGUCUACAGGCGAGGAACAAACCACGUCCUGCAUUUUUUGAUAACUCUGUUCUUCUUCCCUUGGAUUAUCGUAUGGAUUAUCAUGGUACGUGGAUUAUCAUUUGGAUUAUCAGUGUUAUUUUGCUUAUCAUGUGGAUUAUAAUGAUAAGUGGAUUAUCGUGCAGAUUAUAAUAAGUGGAUAUCAUGUGGGUUAGUAUGGUACUUGGUUUAUUACAACUGAUUCAUCUUAAAGGUAAGGGGAAUAUUUUAAUGUGUCGCUUAUCUUACCAGAUAGUCUAUGGUAAUGAUUGUAGCGAAACAAUAAGAGGAUGAACAUAGUAAUUGUAUUAUCAUGAUAAGUGGAUUAUCAUAAUGUGGGGAUUUUUAAUUAUGAAGGAACCCUACGAAUGCUGUAUUAUGUGUAUUAUUAAAUAGGAUGGAAAAAAGUGUGUGUGGGGGGGGGUUGUCAUGAAGCAUGAUCUAUCAUACUACACAAUACACCAUGACAUGAAAAGUGACUACAUUAUUACUGGACAAUACAACAUCACAUUAAUAAUGGACAAUACGACAUAUCAUCAAAAAUGGACAAUACAGCAUAACAUCAACAGUUGACAACACAACAUAGCAACAACAGUUAACAAUGCAAGAUCACAUCAACAAACGGCAAUACAACAUCAGAUCAACAAACGGCAAUACAACAUCACAUCAACAAACGGCAAUACAACAUCACAUCAACAAACGGCAAUGCAACAUCACAUCAACAAACGGCAAUGUAACAUCACAUCAACAAACGGCAAUGCAACAUCACAUCAACAAACGGCAAUACAACAUCACAUCAACAAUUGACGAGCCUAAUCAAUGAUUCCCUUUUUUUUUCGUCUGACCCAACAGUGUAUUGUGGAGGGAGUGUAGCUGUUUCCACCCUGGAGUGUAGCUGUUUCCGCCUUGGCGUAUAGGUGGCCGGCCUUGUUGGCAACAACACUUAUAUUUUAAUGCUUUUUAAAAAAAAAAAAAAUAUACACAUUUUCUCGAUUAAAGGAAUGUUAAUAUCAGUAUGUAUAAAUCUGACGUUUCAAAAAAUUAAUGAGUUAAUCAUCUAUCAUCUCUACGAUCACUUCAAUUAUUAGUGAUAUUGUAAUUAAUUCACCUUGUCGCCUCCUCGUAAACUUCAAAUUUCCCAUGUCUGCAAGCAUGUUUCAACAUUUUUUUUUUUCAAAUUAAAAGAUAACUUUCACUGUCGUACGUAACACUGUUCCGAAUUCCGUUGUUUGGUUGUCUUUCCUAGUUGAUCAAUGAAGAUUUAUUUUAAAAAGUGAGAUAAGAUGCACCGCUGUAACCAGAAUGUAAUGCAAAGCUCAACAUCAAAGAAGGGGG